UUAGUUCUUUUUAAUUUCGGUUCUUGUAUUAUGAAUUCAAAACUUAUUUAUAUAUAAAAUAUUUUGGUUUUGAUUUUUUUAGAAUUUUAAUUUUAUUAAUAAUUUAAAUAAUUUUUUUAAUUAUAAUUUUUUUUAUUUCUGUAAAAUAACGAAACGAAGUAAUUUCGUAGCUAUUUUGCGACUUCUUUACGUGGAAGCUUAACGAGGUUUUUACGAGGAAAUGUUUACAAGGAAAUGACGUGGAAAAUUCAUGUGGUCUUUACGAGGAAAGCUAUCAAGAUAUUUACGUUUACUUUACGAGUAUUUACUUUCGAGUUAUUUACGUGGCUUUAACGAGGAAUGGCUUUCGAGGUAUUUACGAGGAAAUUUAGCGACGUCCUUACGUGGAAGCUUUACGUGGUCUUUACGACGAAAUAUUCUUCUUCGCUUUUACGACGAAAUUAUUUCCUCGCUACGUUACGACGAAUUAGCGAGGAUAUAUGCGUUACGACAAACAUAUAACGACGAAACGGGUUUUCUCGCUAAUUCCUCGUAACACUGCUUUUACGACGAAAUCACGAGGAAAACUGCCCUCGUAAAACUUGUGUUUUCUUGUAGUGAAAGUAUAUAAAAAUUUAAAAAGUAUUAAAAACAUUAUGGGUUUUUACAGGAUCCAUCAGUCGGUUCACGAAUUAAUGAUGAAUUUUGGAGUUUUAUUAAAAUUUUUAUUAAUAGGUUUUCAUUAAAUACAAAUUUUGUGAAAACAUAUGAGUUGGUAGAAAAUCUGACAGAAUUCUAUAUAAAGAACAUAAGCCAGUCUAGAUUAUAUAUGAACACCAUGUUUGCCGGUUCGACCACAGGUCUGGACCAGAUAUAAAAUAUUGCUUAUAUUUUAAUUCGUUUAUAAAUCACAUAUGUACCCCAAUAAAAGAGCUAAAUAUUUUGUAAAAAUAGAAUGCUUUAUCGUCAAAUUUAUAGAUAAAAUUACAAUUUUAUAGAUAAAAUAUUGGAUAAUUUGGGUUGUUUAAUCGGGUAAUUUAGGAUGUUCGGAUAAAAAUAUCGGAUAAUUUAGGUAUUUUAAUACUUUGAAUAAAAAAUAUUUGGAUAAUUCAUGUUUUAGGGUAACUAGUUUUAUAAAGAGCAUUUAGGAUAUUUGAUUAUUUAGAAAUUAAAUAUAAUUAAUAUUUGUAAGUAUAUAAUUUGUAUUUUAAAAUUCAGGUACCCAUUUAAUUUUCGGUCCAGAGAUAUAUGAUGUAUUCGGUUAUUUAUGAAAUUAUAUUCAGUUUUAGUUUCAUUUUAUUCAGUUUUAGUUUCGUUUUUUUCAGUUUGGUACAAUGCGACUUGAGAUUCCAGAUAAAUGCACCUUAAACCUAUAGGUUUAGUUUGUAACUUGUAACAAUCUCAUUAUUUAACCGUAUUAAUCAAGAAGGGAAGUCUUACUUUUCUGCUAGCGGGAUUGACUUUUCUUAUGCAAUUUCUUAUAACUUUCAUAACAAAUAGUCUACGUCAAAAGAGAUAGUUAGACCAAGUAUUUUCUGUUUAUGAUACAUAUAAUUAUGCAUUCGUUUCUUUAGUAUAAUACGAAUAUAUUUUCUACAGCUGAAAUGUGUAGUUAUAUAACGGAUUUAUCUUGGUAUAUCUGACAAUUAUUUCCGUAACACAAAACCAUACAUGUACAUAACCAUCUCAUUCUCUGUUUAUGAUACAUAUAAUUAUGCAUUCGUUUCUUUAGUAUAAUACGAAUACACAUGUUGACUUUUCUUGUGCAGUUUCUUGUAUCUUUCAUAAACAUAAGCUAAUAUAUAUAUUUGUCAAAGUCCUUGGUAAUUUGAAGCUAUAUAAAAAGGCUUUUACAUCACAUAUAUUUUGCAUUAGUAUUCAGAAUAUUUGAAAACAAAAGAGUAUACACUUCGCGUUGACAUAUAUCAAAUAUCUCUGUGGACUGUGGCUAUUCAAGAUCACGAUGUGUCGAUUGCUAUGUUGUUGCUUCUGCCGCAAGAAGAAAAAGCCGCGAGAUGUAAAAAUGGGCAAAAAAGGAAAGAAAGAUGGAGGUCUUGUUGUGGUGAAGCCGACUAAGACUAAGAAGCGUCGCAAUGAACCAGUAGAUGUAAGCGGAUGUGCAGACCUAUGUUGCUGCUUUGGUGGAGGCGGAGGCGGUGGAGAUGGUGGUGGUGGUGGAUAUGGAGGCGGCGGCUGCGGAGGUGGAGGUGGAGGCGGUUAAAAGAUGAGAAUUUUGUAAAUCUGCAUGUAAUGAUAAUUUUUUUAAACAUGGUCCUUCUUGUUUGUAUUUAAUUUUCUUAUUCAAGUUGUAUAUCCACCUAUUUGGUUAACAGAGAUUUGUAUCCAGACUCUGUUAUUUCUCAUAUUUAGUAAAAGAAUGAGUCUGUCGAAUUUUUUAGCUAAUUUUGUUUAAGUUUUUUUGAGCUAAUUUUGUUUAUGUAGACUAAUUAAAUAAUAAGCUGGUAAUGUUUAUAAGAAAAUAAUGUAAAGAAAUAAAGCAUAUCAGACUAAUUAUAUGAAAAAAUUAGAAAUUUAGUGUAUUAUAAAAUUAUAAUACUUUUUCUAAUAUGUUUUAUUUGAGAGUUUAAGAUAAUGUAUGGGAAGUAGGAAUAUAAGAAAAAUGUAUAAAGAUUUGGGCUUUAGACUUGGAAAUUUUAAAUCAAGCUCUACUAAGCAAGUUGCGGAGAAAAAUGCAGAAGCCAAACUGUUUAAUGGCAAGAGUUCUUCCAGCUAGAUAAUUUCCAGACGGUGAUAUACUUAAAGCUACUUUGAAAAAGAAAGCAUCGUACGGUUGGAAGUCAAUAUUACAUGGACGAGAUCUAAUAACUAAGGGACUGAGAUAUAUCAUUGGAGAUGGUUCACUAGUUAACAUGUGGGAAGAUCCGUGGAUCCCUGAUCACCCUCCUCGAGCUCCAAGACCACGGCGAGAUAUUACUGCUGGAAUCAAAGUUAAUCAGUUCUUUGACAGAGAUAGAAAACAAUGGGACAUACAAAAACUUCGUGAUGAAGUUGUAGAGGAGGAUAUUGAAAAGAUCCUAGAGAUCAGAAUUAGUCCUACUGCACAACAAGACCUGUUGGGAUGGCAUUACAUUGGAAUCUAUUCAGGUAAAUUAGGUUACUGGCUUGGAACCCAUCUACCAAAAAUGAUCAUCAGCUACCUCUUAUGGGAAUGCAGAGCUUAAAACAAAGAUUUGGAAGACAAAGGCCCCAGCUAAAUUGAAUGAUUUUCUUUGGAGGUUAUUGUCUAGAUCUCUAGCAACAGGUAGUAAUUUGAAAAGAACGCAUGUAAUCAGAUAUGCUGUUUGUCGACGAUGCUGUAU